GAGGACGUGAUACCCGCAUAGUGGUCUCCGUCUACAAGUGCGUAACAUAGCAAAUUCUACGGUCGGUAGCCGAACACAAUAUGUAGCUCCGUUAAUUUAAAAAUUAAAGUAAAUUGAUCUCUUAUAAAAUCUAAAGGUAAGAUUAUUUUAGGCAGCCUCCUGAGCUUUUUGUUAUAUUUUAAUUUUAACGCGAGUUAUGAGGACUUCAAGAUGUACAAACAAUUUACUCUAUGAUUUUGACGAUAACAAUUAUUGAUAACAAUUAAAUUUGUAUUUUCAAUUUUGUAUUAAUUUAUUUAAUUUACCUUUUCACUUCGAUCACUGUAGUAGCAAAUAGUAUUUGGUAGUAGAUAGUUGUUUAGUCUAUAACUGUCCUUAUAAGACAAAUAUUGGGCAGUCUGUCUUGACAACGAAACCAGUCUGCAGGCGCACUUUUUAUGAACCUAGCAGACUUAAAAACUUAAAAAACGUAUUACUAUUACCAUAGAAAACGUAAAAUGAACAUAGAUCAAAAUGAAAAUGUUGCACAGAAAGAAAAUGAUGAUCAUGAAAAAAAAAAGGAAAAUGUACAACCUGUUCAAAAACAAAUAGAUGAAUUUAAAUCACACUAUUCGCAAAAUUUUCAAACAAUCCAUUGCCUAGGAAAAGGAGGUUUUGGGAUUGUAUUUAAGGCUAGAAAUAAAUUAGAUGACUGCAACUAUGCUAUUAAAAGGAUACCUUUUCCACCACGACAAGAAUCUAGAGACCGUGUAUUACGUGAAGUUAAAGCAUUAGCAGAGUUAGAACAUAAAAAUAUUGUAAAGUAUUUCAAUGCUUGGUUAGAAGAACCUCCUAGAAGUUGGCAAGAAGAACAGGAUAAAAAGUGGAUGCCAAAAUCUGAUUGUAUGGACACAAGUAGUAAUAUAACAACUAGUCCAACAGAUACAACAAGAGACUCUCAUAGUGAACGAAAAGCAACUAAACAAUACUUAUACAUACAAAUGGAGCUUUGUCAGAAAUAUAGUUUGAGAGAAAGACUGAAGACUGGUACUCUUCAUAAAAAUAUGAUGGAUAUUUUAAAUAUUUUUUUUCAAAUUAUAGAAGGUGUUGAAUAUAUUCAUUUGCAAGAAUUCAUACAUAGGGAUUUAAAGCCUUCAAAUAUAUUUUUUAUAUCAGAUGACCAAAUUAAAAUUGGCGAUUUUGGUUCAGUUACUAAAAUGUUAAUAUAUGAUACAUGGAAUGAAUAUGAUGAUAAACAAAAGUGCUUAAAUGAACAACAUACUAAUCAAGUUGGCACACAUUUGUAUAUGAGUCCAGAACAGAUACAUGGAAAACCGUACAAUUUAAAAGUGGAUAUAUAUUCCCUUGGAGUUAUAUUUUUUGAAAUGCUCAAUUCUUUUAAUACUGAAAUGGAAAGAUGCAAAACGUUACAGCAAGUUAGAAAUGGUACAUUUCCUCCUCAAUUUUUGGAAUUGUAUGAAUUUAAAACUGAAAAAGACAUGGUAUGCUUAAUGUUAUCGCAAGAUCCAAAAAAACGCCCAACUGCAUCUAACCUUAAAAGUAUGCUCUUAGUGUACUUGGAUCGGUUCAACCUUCUCAUGCCAGACUCAUGUCCUUUCUAAACUAUAUAUUAUAUUCAGAGAAUGGUCCAACAAUCAAACUAUCUGAAUAAUUCAGAAACCAGAAUCAACAAAAUAAUGGAAUUUCAACAAAACACAUAAUAUUACCUCGACUCAAUCUUUAAAUACUUCUUUUUGCUUAUGUUCAAAUGAAGCUAUGCAGAGCCGUAGCAAUGUUCAUUAGCGCUCCUGGCCAUUUAUCAUUUAAUAAGAAUUAUUUUAUGUUUUAUAUAUAUUUAAUAUGUGUUAAAAUAUUUGUAUUUGAAUACCUACCCAUUAUGAGUAUAUUGUACAUACCUUUUUUUAUAAUAAAAUCUUUUAUCUGGUUAUUCAAUAUUUAUGCAGUGCCAAAAACUACUUUAGUAGGUGAUAUUAAUUAUUUAUUACAUUACUAUAGGUUUUAUAAUUUUCUAUAUUUUAAAUUUAACAAUAUUGUAGCGUGCCAUGACUACUAACUAAUAUUAUAUUAUAAUAAAUGACUAGAAAUAUUGAGUUAUUCAUGAAGGAUCACUGUAAGGGAGAAUGUAAGGAAUUAUUAAAACUAAUAGAAAAGACAUGUGGCCCCCAACUGCAUACUCAAUUACCCUAAAUAAAUAUAUAUAACAUAAUAUGUACGUAAUAACUUUAAUUACACUAUUAACAAUAGAUAUAUUUAAUAAUUAUUAUUAUUGGUGACGGGCUUAUUAUAUUAACAUAAUUGUUAUUAAAAUUAUAAUCAAAAGGGGAAUUUAAAAAAAAAAACUCAAAUUGUGUACUUAUACUAACAUAAUUAAUACUGUAAUAAUUUCAGAUAAAUAAAUAUUAUUCAUAUUACCUA